AUGAGAACCGAACUCGCGUCCCUCCUACCCUUAGCCAGGCUCCUCGGCGCCACCUUCAUGAGCUGGAAGCUGCUAAGCUUGGCCUGCAACUGCCCCUACCCUGCCAUGGUCGUCCUCUCAGAGUCCAUGUCCCCAGCUUUCCAACGAGGCGACAUCAUCUUCCUCUCGAACUGGGAAGAUCAGGUCGAAGUCGGUGACAUCCCCGUGGUCUGGUUCACUGGUAAUCUGCUGCCGAUGGUCCAUCGCGCGGUCGCGACAUUAUAUGAUGAUGGCGGGAAGCAAUUGAUUCUCACCAAGGGCGAUAAUAACGAUGAGACCGAUGAGAUUAUGUAUCCGCCAGGGCGAACUCAUGUGUUCCGAGAGGAAAUCAUCGGGCUUGUUCGAGGAUUCGUGCCGUAUUUGGGGUGUAUUACGAUUGCCGUCAGGGAGGUGCCAUGGCUGAAGCCAGUUCUUGCCGUCGGACUGUUCAUGUUGUCUGCAUUCUCAGCCAUUGCGUAA